CUCUUUCUCUCACUCUCUCUCUUUCGCUCUGUCUUUGAGCACCUCAGGGGUUUAGGCGCUGUACUGGAGGAGAGAGAUGUAGGCAUGGAAACGAGCAAAGCUAGUUUACCAAGGCUUAUACGUCAGAUAUGAAGAGGGGAGGGAGUCAGGCAAGGGGACUGGACUAGCAGACAGGGCUGGGCUGGGAAAGGAUGAUAUACACUGAACCGAAGCUGAGAUCAGAUGCUGGAGAGAAGCUACCAGCCAAAAGGCGCACGAAGCGAGAGAGGAAAAGUACAGUCAACGCGAUUGAUAUUAAUCACUGAAAUCUACAUGAUCUGCGGCUGGGAGAACCAGAAGGAACACAGAGAGAGGGAGAGAGAGGGGGGAGAGGAGAGAAGGCAAGCGAUGGAAGUCUUUUGAAUCAAUCGUAGCCCUGAUUGCUGUGAGAAAAUACCGAGCUGUUAUUUUUUUGUGUGCAUCAACAUCUCUUAUUAGAGCCAGUGGCGUGGAUCUGUGUGAGUUGAUGAUUACUGGGCAUGUGUGUGUGGGGAGGAUUCUAACGUGGGGUGGGCUUGUUUUUUGGGAGAAGGUAGGAGCAGAAGGAGAGGGAGAGAUAGAGUGAGAGAAGAGAGGGCAGAGCAGAGGAUCAUUAAAGUUGAUGGGAAUCUUGUUCCAUUGCUCCAUCCUUCAAGUCUGGCCGGCUCAAUGGAGGAGAGAAGAAUAAAGAUUAAGGUGGCAAGAGAUCUGUGCACAAGUUGGGGGCGAAGCCAGGAGAGGAGUGCGUUUUGAAUCCUUUUGCAAGUCACUUUUCAUUGUCCUCGUUGUUGUAGUUGUCUCUCUUUGCUGCUGUGGGCCAGCUGACUGAAUGUGGGGAAGCAGCUAUCGCUUUUGCCUUGAGGAAGUGGCGGUGAGAUCCAUGGCUCUGAAAUGCGCCCGAGAGCCGGGGGAGACAGGUGAGGGUGGCCAGCGCCCGGCACGACAGAGGCAGCCAUCCCGCACUGUCAAGCAAAUCACCCUCGCCUUCGUGAAGCAGGCAAAGAUCCACGGGGUGAGGCUGGUCUGCUCCCGGCACUACCCAUUGCAUCGCAGGGCGGUCUGGUUCCUGAUCGUCUGCACUUCCCUGGGCCUCUUGGUGUCCUUCGCAUCCAACAGGUUCCUCCACCUGCUCUCCUUCCCGUCUCACACCAGGCUACACAUGGAGUGGACCAAGGAGCUGCAUUUCCCUGCCAUCACCAUCUGUAACAACAAUCCCAUCCGCUUCUACCAACUGACCAAGAGUGACCUGUACUACACCGGACACUGGCUGGGAUUGCUCAUGGAGAACCACACGGCUCGGCCCUUGAUCAUCGAGCUGAUAGGGGAGGACAGGAUCCAGUGGUUUCAGAAACUUUCAGACUUUCGACUUUUCUUGCCGCCUCGGAACUACGAGGGCAUAAGCAUGGACUUCAUGGAUCGACUGGGCCAUCCCUUGGACGAUAUGCUCCUCUCGUGCAAGUACAGAGGAGACAUGUGCGGUCCACAGAACUUUACCUCAGUUUUUACCAGAUACGGAAAGUGCUACAUGUUUAACUCAGGAAGUGAUGAUAAACCUCUGCUAACUACCGUACAGGGCGGGACUGGGAAUGGCCUCGAGAUCAUGUUGGACAUUCAACAGGACGACUAUUUGCCUGUUUGGGGUGAAACUGAAGACACCACUUUCGAAGCUGGGAUCAGAGUUCAGCUCCACACUCAGUCCGAACCUCCCUUUGUACACGAGCUGGGAUUUGGGGUGGCACCUGGGUUCCAAACCUUCGUUUCCACUCAGGAACAACGGCUGAUAUACCUGCCUCCACCCUGGGGAGAUUGCCAGCCUUUAACUGACAACACAGAAUUCUUCCCAACUUACAGCAUCACCGCUUGCAGGAUUGACUGUGAAACCCGCUAUCUGGUCGAGAACUGUAACUGCCGCAUGGUCCACAUGCCAGGUGAUGCUCAUUACUGCACCCCUGAACAGUACAAAGAAUGUGCGGAGCCCACAUUAGCCUUGCUGGCGGAAAAGAAUAAUCACUGUGUGUGUAAGAUGCCCUGUUACCUGACCCGGUAUAACAAAGAGCUGUCCAUGGUGAAGAUACCAAGCAGGACUUCGGCAAAGUAUCUCGAGAAGAAAUUUAACAAGACAGAAAAGUACAUUUCAGAGAAUAUUUUAGUACUGGAUGUAUUCUUUGAAGCCCUGAACUAUGAGACCAUUGAGCAGAAGAGAGCCUAUGAAGUUGCGGGAUUACUUGGUGACAUCGGCGGCCAGAUGGGCCUGUUUAUUGGUGCUAGUAUUUUAUCCGUGUUAGAGCUUUUCGAUUACCUAUACGAGGUCAUCAGGGACAGAUUGAUGGAUCUGACCAACUUCAAGAAGGGGGAGGAAGAAAGAAGUCAUGAUGAUAAUGUGGUCACCCUCUCAGUUAACUUGGAUGAGCCCCACAAACAGGACUCGAGCCCCUCACAGCUGAAUUAAACAUCUCAUGAAGCAACCCGAAACUCUCGAUAAGGGAACCGCAUUAUGACGACACAUCAGAGAUUUUGUCGAGUACAUAAUUAGUGCUUAAUCGCAAGCUAAAGACUUGUAUGAUAGCCCCUUUGUGAAAAUGUAGUGAGUACAUUUAUGAAGCUUUCCAGGCAAGAAUAGGUUUCCUGUCACUUUUGAAGACCCCGUGACAAAGGAGAGGGGGGAAAAAAAGCAUAACAACAACAACUUGGGUCUAUCUUGUGUUCUUUACAUGAGGCAACAUUUAAAACACAUUUCUUGCCUGGACAGAGUUGUAUCUUGGGCCCUCAGUCAGAUCUGGACGAUCAGUCAAAGCAAAAGCCAUUCAUUUGUGUCUUGUAUACUCCAAACAAAAGGACGUUACUGCUUGAGUAAACUGUACGUGUAUUUUUCCAACAACAACGACGAAAAAAUCCCCCGAAUAGAUGUGUUUGUGAUAGAGACCGUUGCCCGGGAGCAAUUGUUACUCUCGCUUCCAUUAUGAGCCCGGCGUAACUGUGUUUCAGGUUCAUUGACUGUAGCUACAACUAGUGGUGGCCUAGAGACAAGUCACAGGUAGGCAAGGAUUGCCCGGGGAAUCACAGCUCAGCCCGGUCUCUCGAAAGCGAUUAUCACUAUAUGAGCCGAGCAUUAUUUUGUUCCUCCAUUUCUCACUGUUUUGGUUGGUAAGUUAACUGUUGUGUGGUGGAACGCUGUCACAUAGUGUUCACCCUAGACAAGAAAGUCAACCCAGAAACUGAUGAUAAUGAUAAUAAUAAUAAUAAUAAUCCUUGCAUUUGAUAU